GAGUGUAUCGGGCCGGUUCGAAAAAUCCAUACAAAUUGUGCUUGGCGGGCGGAAAUGUGGAACGCAUUAGAGGAGAGGGAGGGUGGUUGUGUGCGAGCGUGCGAGCGAGAUAGGGCGGCGUGCAUCUUACCUUUUCUAUCGAUCACGGGAUAAAAGCGUGUGCGCUUGGGUCUGUGUGGACACAGCGUGAUACACAGGGGCAUCGCAGGAAUUGGUUACGUGCCGUCACAAUGGUUGAUUAUAACCUGUCAGCGGAGGAGCUCAACGACUUUCGUGCCAAGUUUUACGCGGAGAGUCGCAACCUGCUGGCGCAGAAUGUCUGCACGAAAACAAAUCCCAUCGAGGCCUGUGCGUCGAGGAAGAUCGUGGAGGAGACUCAGCACGUCUUCACCCAUAAAAUCGAGGCGGAAGGCAAACCUAUCACCAACCAGAAGAACUCGGGCAGAUGCUGGCUGUUCGCUAUCCUGAACGUCAUGAGGACCAGCUUUAUGAAGCAACAUAAUUUGGACGAGUUCGAAUUCAGCCAGGCUUAUCUGUUCUUUUGGGAUAAGGUAGAACGUUGCAAUUAUUUUCUACAUAACAUCAUAGAGACCGCCAAGCGUGAAGAGCCGGUGGAGGGUCGUCUGGUCUCCUUCCUGCUGUGUGACCCUACCUGCGACGGUGGCCAGUGGGACAUGAUCGUGAAUCUCAUAACCAGGCAUGGCGUCGUACCGAAAGCCUGUUUCCCUGAGUCAUACAGUUGCGAGUCAAGUGUACGUAUGAACAGCUUGCUGAAGAGCAAGCUGCGCGAAUACGCCAAGGCUCUGAGGGAUUUGAUCGAGAACGGCGCCACCGACGAGGAGCUGAAGGCGCGACUGAAGGAGCAGAUGACGGUCAUCUAUCGAAUAAUCGGCAUCUGCCUGGGCAUACCCUCCGAGAAGAUCACGUGGGAGUAUUAUGACAAAACGAAGAAUUACAACUGCGUGGGACCCAUCACGCCGUUGAACUUUUACGAGAUCUACGUGAAGCCGUACUUUGACGUGAACGACAAGGUAUGCCUGGUGACCGACCCGCGUCCGAGCAACCCUUAUGGGAAACUCUACACUGUGGAUUGCCUGGGGAAUGUCGUUGGCGGACGAACCACCCGCUACAACAACCAGCCUGUGGAACUGUUGAUGAAACUGUGCGCAGAAAGUAUCAAAGAUAACGAGCCGGUCUGGUUCGGUUGCGACGUCAACAAGAGAUUAAUAGACAAACACGGCAUCCACGAUCUGAACGCGUACAAUUUCAAGCUGAUGUUCGGCACGGACGUGCACGUCGGCCUCUCCAAGGCCGACAGGCUGCUCUUCGGAGAUUCCAUGAUGGUGCACGCGAUGGCGUUCACCGCUGUCUCGAUAGACCCGAGAGACGGUAAGAUAAAGAAAUUCCGGAUAGAGAACUCGUGGGGCGAGGAUCACGGGCAGAAAGGCUACCACGUUGUGAGCAGCGAGUGGUUCGCCAACUUCGUCUUCGAGGCGGUGGUGGACAAGAAAUACGUACCUGCCGACGUGAUGGCAGUGUUCGACCAGGAGCCCAUUACUCUGCCGGCGUGGGACCCCAUGGGCACACUCGCUUAUUGAUGAUAAAGUAGAGCUAAUUGCGGCAUUUUAUGGCAAAACUUUUUUCGCAUUACGUGAGGACAGACUCGAAGCAUACAGGAAAAUAUAGUAUUUAACAGGGAAAAAAAAAAGAAAGAAAGAAAAGGAAAACCCGGGGACAGUACGCAGUUGUACAAAAUACCGAUAUUUUAUACCUUGCAAGAGAAUGUGCAACAGUAUUGAAAGGGAAACAAUGGCUUUGUCGUUCGUACGAAUCGCAAGCGCAUUUUGUUCGCUUACAGUAUACUACAAGGGUGACGUUUAAGUUAGACCGUCAAGACUGAGUGUAUGAGUUACCAUAUAAUUGAAAUCACGAGGUAAAUGAUUAUUAACGACUCGCGCGUAUCGCAAUUUCCAGAAUAACGUGCAACGUUACGAUAUUCGCAAGAGAGGGGAGGGCGAAGCACGCCGAGUCGCAUACUUCGACCUUACUAGUAGGCAAUAACGUACCGGACGAACUUUGCAUCACGAGGUAACCAAAUGGUGUUCGUUUUAUAACGCGAUAAAACCAAACACAGCAACCUCUCUCGUGAAACCAAAAAAUAAAUAUAGACUACCAGAUCAGUUCUCCCGGCGUGUGUUGUGUACCUACGACUUGAAUUUCUCGCGAUUUCGAAAUCGCGUUCACGCGCGACAUGUAGAGAGGCACUCGUAAUCUCUUGUGCAUGUUAAUCUUAAGGAUCGCACGUGCACAAGCUACAAAGUAAAAGCAAUAGAACAAUACGGAUAGAUAUGUAAAAUUUAAUAAAAUGAUUUGCCAGAGGAUAAUUAAAGAGGAUUCUUGCUCAA